AUGAACAAGUAUUUGAACUCAGUUAGAGAUCAUUUUUCGGAGUGGUCUUCUCGUCUUGUUAGGGCUGACUCAUCAAGCACAAGCCAAGGAGCAUCAAACAAGGAACUUGAACAAAUUUUUGAAAAAAUCAAUGCUAUAGUCGAGAAUGACAAUAACAACUUGGCAACUACUUUCGAUAGAAUAUCAUAUCGUGUAGCCCACAAGAUCACGCAUUUGGUUGAGAGCCACUCCUUAGUAUUCAACUACGCUACUUUGGUUCUCAUCGCCAGUGCUUUGGUCGUCAUUGGUUCAUUUACGUCUGUAUCUUCUAUUCCAUUUACAGCUUUACCUCCUACUAGAGAACACCCGUUGUUCGACCCCACCGAUUUUGAUGUGGACCACGAUUGUCAUGUCAUUUACCGCGAGGAUGACGAAGACAAGAAGAAAAAGAAAAAGAGCAAGAGGUUCUUCGACCUCAUGGAUGAGAAACACGCAAUUAUACUGCCUUUGACCAGCGGCUGUACUUUAUUAGCCCUUUAUUUUGUUAUCAAAAAACUACAUCUGAACUGGUUAAAAUACGUGACUAAAAUUUUGAAUUUCAACAUAACACUGUUGAAUAUACCUGCUGGCACGUUUGUCUACUCGUAUUUUCUCAACUCACUAUUCAGGAACCUAUCGCAUUUAGCGUCGUGGAAUCCCUUGGUUAUUUUGCCAAGGUACCGUGUGACAAUUGCUGAUGAUAACGAGGAUUUGAAUAAAAUAGGUGGUUUUGUUACCAAUUUGAACUAUAAAGAUGGAUUAACAAACUCAGUCGUUCACAAAAAGACAUUAAGUGAAAUUGAAAAGGAUCAUUGGAUGAAGUACUUCUAUAGAAGAGAAUUAACCGAACCCAUGGAUAUUAAGUCGAAGAGACAGAUUAGUAACUUAUAUUUGAAUAACGCAUUAAUAGUUUCAUUUGUGUUUUCUAUCAUUUCCACCGUGUAUUUUUAUUUGUCACCUAAUGAUUGGUUAAUAUCUAAUGCAGUCAGCAUGAACAUGGCUGUUUGGUCCAUUUCUCAACUAAAGCUGAAGAAUCUGAAAUCCGGGGCCUUGAUACUUAUCGCAUUGUUUUUUUACGACAUUUAUUUCGUUUUUGGUACUGACGUGAUGGUUACAGUUGCUACUAACCUAGAUAUUCCCGUAAAAUUACGUCUGCCAGUUAAGUUUAUUACUGCCCAAAACAACUUCAAUUUUUCAAUCCUUGGCUUAGGUGAUAUUGCCUUACCUGGAAUGUUCAUCGCCAUGUGCUACAAGUAUGAUAUUUGGAAAUGGCAUCUUGAUCAUGACGACACCGAAUUCCACUUCUUAAAUUGGUCGUAUGUUGGAAAGUAUUUUAUAACCGCUGUGGUCAGUUACAUUGCCUCCUUAGUAUCCGCCAUGGUCUCCUCAUCUGUUUUUAAUACAGCUCAACCGGCUUUGUUGUACAUUGUUCCUUCCUUGUUGAUCAGUACUGUAUUGGUGGCAUGCUGGAAUAAAGAUUUCAAGCAAUUUUGGAACUUUCAAUAUGAUACGAUUGAAAUGGAUAAGAGCUCAAAAAAAUUCGUCGAGAAUAAGCAAAACUCUAUCACUUAUUCAACUUUCAUCCUAUCAGAAUAUUACAAUGACGCUGACAAAUACGCCUUGUUUGUUGAUGAUGGAAACGAAAACAUUGACAACGAUGAAGAAUUCAUACAAGAUACAGAUUUUAGUGACAGUUCUGAAGAAGAGCUUUCUGAAAAUGAUCUAUCGGAUGGGGAAUUUCCUUAA